AUGUCUGAAUUUCGGCCCAUCAGUCUCUGCAAUGUGAGCUAUAAGAUCAUCUCUAAGAUCAUGAGCAGCCGUUUGAAGCGAUUCCUCCCAACACUUAUAUCAGAAACACAAUCCGCUUUCGUGGCGAAGAGGCUUAUCACCGAUAAUAUUCUGGUAGCUCAUGAAGUUUUCCACGCGCUACGCACUAACGCAAGCUGUAAAUCUAAAUUCGUGGCUAUCAAGACUGACAUGAGCAAAGCUUUUGAUAGAGUUGAAUGGGGAUUCCUCGAAGCUCUUAUGCUGAAAAUGGGAUUCUCAGCACAAUGGGUGUCCUGGAUAUACUUCUGUCUCUCCUCGGUAACCUACCAGAUCCUUAUCAAUGGUGAAGCAAAAGGCCACAUAGCCCCGUCACGAGGUAUAAGGCAAGGAGAUCCCCUCUCUCCGUUUCUAUUCAUAAUUCUAACAGAAGCUCUAAUCAGCCAAAUACAAGGUGCAGAACGAGAAGGAAGGAUCACAGGCCUCAAGAUCGCAAGAGGAAGCCCCCCGAUAUCGCACCUCCUCUUUGCUGACGACAGUUUGUUUUUCUGUAAAGCUGAUAUCCUUCAAUGUGCAGAGCUAAUGAAGAUCAUAAAUGACUAUGGUAAAGCCUCAGGACAGCAACUCAACAUCUCAAAAUCCUCCAUCCUCUUCGGAACCAAAGUUCCACAGGAAACGAAGGCAGACAUAAAGCAAGCACUGGGAAUUACGAAGGAAGGAGGCAUGGGCGUGUAUCUAGGCCUACCAGAGAAAAUAUGUGGCUCGAAACGCCAGGCGUUCGCCUAUAUACAAGAUCGACUUAACUCCCGCGUCAACUCGUGGUCAGCCAAACUCCUCUCAAAAGGUGGCAAAGAAGUCUUGUUAAAGUCGGUGGCUCAAGCCCUCCCUACCUACGUCAUGUCCUGUUUUCUACUGCCCCAGGAUAUCAUUAGGAAGCUUACAAGCUCAAUCUCAAGGUUUUGGUGGAGCUCUAAGCAAAAUAGCCGAGGACUCCACUGGAUAGCCUGGCAUAAAAUCUGCAAACCUAAAGAUAAGGGAGGCCUAGGAUUUCGAGACCUUAAAAACUUCAAUCUCGCCCUUCUUGCGAAGCAGUUAUGGAGAAUUCUCCAUCAUCCGACCUCUCUCCUAGCAAGAGUUUUGAAAGGCCGCUAUUUCCGAGCCACAGAUCCCAUCUUGGCAAGCAAAGCGAACUCCCCCUCUUAUGUAUGGAGAAGCCUUAUGGCAGCUAAACCACUACUACAGGCCGGACUGAGAAGAACGAUAUGCUCAGGAGCAAACACAAAAGUUUGGUCUGCCAAUUGGUUACCAACCACCCCGCCACGUCCACCCCUAUGCAUAAGGCCUUCUUUUAACCCGGAUCUAAAAGUCGCAGAACUCUUCAUGCCACACUCGAGGACUUGGAAUUUGGAUUCUCUGCGUAGCUUUUUUGCGACUGAAGAUAUCUCUCUCAUAUGCAGCAUCAAACCGAGACCAAAUAGCCAAAACGAUGAUUACUGCUGGAGUCAUACAAAUAAUGGCAUAUACUCGGUCAAAACAGGGUAUGACCUCGCAAUGGAGAUGCAAGAUUUGUCAGAAGAAACCACAUAUACAGAGCCUAGUACGACACAGCUACAAGAAAAGGUCUGGAAAGUAAAAGCCCCUAGCAAGAUUAAACACUUCGUGUGGAAGGCCCUAUCAAAUUGCGUACCCGUAUGCGAUCAGUUAGUCAACCGGCACUGUGGUAGAGACCGAUCUUGCGCUCGCUGUGGUGCUGAGGCUGAGACGAUAAAUCACAUGCUGUUCGAAUGCCCUCCUGCUGUACAGACCUGGGCUCUCACUGAUGUACCCUUCACUCCGGGAAUAUUCCCGUGUACCUCAACUUUCAGUAAUAUUGAUCACCUCUUAUGGAGAAUAACAGAGCAAAGCGGCCCCGAACCUCUAACUUUCAGAGUCCCAUGGAUCCUCUGGUACCUCUGGAAAGCUCGAAACGAUAAGGUAUUCAAUGGCAAGGACGUUUCUCCUCUCGACACACUCCAGCUAGCUACAAGCGAGGCUGACAUUUGGAAACUCGCUCAGAUCGUUCCAACGAUACAGGAGGAGGUAGCUACCAAUCGAUCACCAACUGAAUUUGAACCUACCGGACCUCACUGCAAGGUCGACGCCUCAUGGCAAAAACAUGCCCUUUUCUUCGGAGGAGGCUUCUCACUCAAAGAUGGAGAAGGGAGAGAUUUCUCUGGUUCAUUCGCUAGUAACCAAACGAUCUCUCCCAUACAGGCGGAAUUUCGUACCCUCUUAUGGGCUAUGAACUCCACCCUGCUCCUAGGCUUUCAAGCCAUGUCAUUUGAGUCCGACUGCCACCAACUCGUGAAACUCCUCAACAAUGAAGAAAUGGAAGAAUGGCCAGCUUUAAUGGCCGAAUCAGAUGAAUUUCUACAGCUUUUUUCUAAGUUUUAA